AUGGAGCAGGAAGACACACCAAAUCCUGGGGCGGGGGGUUCAGAGGGAGCAUCUGGCACAAAUCCUGUCAAAGAACAGGAGGUGGAAGAAGUACUCGCCGACGAUACGGUAUUGAUCAUUGGAGGCGGUCCGGUAGGAAUGAUGACUGCGACCGUCCUGGCUUUCUACAGGAUCAGAUCUGUUGUGCUCGAACGCAACCUCACCACCACUCGAUGGCCCAAGAUGGACCUCACCAACGUUCGAUCCAUGGAGUUCUUCCGAAAGCUGGGUCUUGCUGAAGGCCUUCGGGAGCGAGGUGUCCCUUCCCACAUCCCCUAUACCGUACUCAUAUCUAGUGGACUGAGCCAAGAUUCUGCCAUCACACAGUGGAAUCACCCCAGUGUCGACGAAUACCGGCGGAUGAUUGCCGAAAGAAAUGAUGGCACGAUGCCGCUAGAGCCGUGGCAGCGUAUCUCGCAAGAGAUAUUCGAGGCGUGGCUGAAACAACUGUCAGAAGCUAACGAUUUGAUCGACUUGCGCUUUGGCUGGAAGCUCGAGACCAUUCAGGAGACAGGAGAAGGCGUCGAAGCGACCGUGACUGACCUCAACUCCUCCAAAUCAGUGAGGUUCAGGUCCAGAUAUGCCGUCGGAUGCGACGGGGCUUCCAGUCGAGUUCGGCGAAACUUGAAUAUACCACUUGACGGUGGCCCGGUGCCUGGAUUUGUGCUGCUAGUACACUUCAAGUCCAACGACCUCGCAAGGCUUCACAAGCAAGGUCGGUUCUGGCAUCUAUUCAUGGCUGGAGAGCACGUCAUGGGUGGAGCUACGAUCUCUCAAGAUGAAAAGGCGAGAAUGCCAGGUCACUUUUAUCCCACCAGAGACACCUUCACCACGCACCUUUUCCUACCGAUGGACGCCGACGAGUCCGCAAUUGGCACCGAAGAAGCAGUCUAUCGUGUCCUGGGGGGAAUGUACCAGCCAUACGAAGUGAAGAUCGACCAGGUCUUGGUACGUUCGACCUACAGACCUAGCGUGGCAGUUGCUCGCCAGUACUCCGGUCCCCAAGGGUGGAUCUAUCUAGCGGGCGACUCUGCGCAUCAAAAUAUUCCUACUGGCGGAUAUGGUAUGAACAUGGGCCUCGGAGACGCGUACGAUAUCGGCUGGAAGCUGGCGGCGGUGUUGCAAGGGUGGGCAGGCAAGGGAGUCCUGCAGUCCUAUCAAGAGGAGCGCCGACCGGUCGCUCUGACCAACGUGGAGCGGUCAGGAGUACACAUGGCGGUGCAUGGCGCCGUACCCAACAUUUUGAAGGGGUUCGCCAACGAGCUCGAUGCUGACACUGACAAAGGGCGCCAGCUGCGGCAGGAAAUUCACCAGCAUUACCAGGCUAACGAUGGCGAAAAUACAGACCGUGGCAUUGAGAUGGGCUACCGGUACAAGUCUACAAUCACGAUCCCCGACACAACGACGAAAGAACCCCAUUGGACGGCGCACGAGUAUGUCCCUACGACCUGGCCGGGAAGUCGGCCACCGCAUGUCUUUCUCAAGGACGGCAAGACCGCCAUCUUCGACCUAUUGGGCAAGUACUUUACGCUGGUCCACUUCAUAUCUGGGGACACCGACACAGCUGGACAUGCAGAGUACUUUGACGAGGCGGCCAAGACGAUGGGAAUCCCCCUUGAACACGUUAUCUUGAAGAACGAAGACCACGCCCGUACAUUGUGGGAGCGGGAUCUGGUACUUAUCCGACCCGACGGCCAUGUAAGUUGGAGGGGCAAUACUAUAUCGCAUCGUUCCACGGCGUUUCAUGUCCUGGAAGUGGCAGUUGGGCACCAUUUUGACGAGGCCGGUAGCACUAUUUCUCAGCAGAAGACUGGCGUUAAUGGAGAAGCGGACAAUGCACCGGGCAAGGAGCAACCGAGAGAAUUCACCCUGGUCGGAGAGGUCGAGAGUCAAGACAGUGAGUAUCAACUGGACAAGAUGGGCGAAUUCCAGAAGUGA